UUCAGAUUAAUAUUUAUUAUAACCAGCAAAAUUACUCAUUAUAUUAGGGCAGGUUGUGCUCCUUCCAAAACUGGCCUUGAAAGUUGUUUGGUCGUUUUCAUCCGAGGAGCAUGCAAUCAACAGCCCAUUGCCUGGUGCACCACUAUCCUGGGGAGGUAAAUAAUUAGUACUGUUGUAUGCCCGAGCUUUCUUCUUGAGUUCCUCAACACGCUGCUCCUGGAUGACACCCAGAAGCGUCGGAUAUUCCGCUAUUGAAUGAAAACACUAGUAUUGGUCCCACUGAGUUGGAAACACCACACUCAACUGUUUAUGCAUCUCGUAUUGUUUGCUCGAGUCGUAUCUAAUCACUUCCAGGGUAAUCCGCAAACGACUAACAAUAUCAUUGCAUAUGCAUCUCUUGAAUGCCUCGCCCAGUUUUACUUUGUCUAUCACCUAGCGGCUGUAGUCUUCGGCCAAAAAAGUGUUAUCAGCGCCCUGGCUACCGCCGAUGGCAAAGUGAAGUGCCCAUAACUGAAUAUCUACUUAACCCGACCGUUCAGCUUCAAUUUCAUUAUUAAUACUGUUACAAUAAAAAAUAUUUAUUAAGAUGAAC